UUCUCAUUCUCUCUUGUGCUUUGAUCUCUGCUUAACAACAGUAACGUCACAGGGACUGUACAGGAGAGUUUUGUUGGAAGUUAGAAAGUUUUGCAGCCUCCAGAGGGCUGUAGCGGCAGUAGCAGCAAGCAGCAUCCAAGGGACUCCUGGAAGGGAAGGAGAGAGAGAGAGAGAGAGAGAGAGAGAGAGAGACUGACUCAGUCCUUUAGAAAACUGACUUUAGAAGAAGGAGACAGACAUGGAACAUCAGCUGCUGUGUUGUGAAGUGGAAACCAUCAGAAGAGCCUAUCUAGAUGCCAACCUACUAAAUGACAGGGUUCUGCAGACAAUGCUGAAGGCAGAGGAGACCUGCUCGCCCUCUGUAUCCUACUUCAAGUGCGUGCAGAAGGAAAUCUUGCCAUAUAUGAGGAAAAUAGUUGCCACUUGGAUGCUGGAGGUUUGCGAGGAGCAGAAAUGUGAAGAGGAAGUUUUCCCCUUGGCUAUGAAUUAUUUGGACAGAUUUUUGUCGUUUGAACCCCUCAAGAAAAACCGAUUGCAACUUCUGGGAGCUACCUGCAUGUUUGUGGCUUCAAAAAUGAAGGAAACUAUUCCUCUAACCGCAGAAAAACUGUGCAUUUACACCGAUAACUCCAUUAGACCCGACGAAUUACUGCAAAUGGAGCUGUUUCUGGUGAAUAAGCUGAAAUGGAAUCUGGCCGCAAUGACCCCUCAUGACUUCAUUGAACAUUUCCUUUCUAAAAUGCCUGUUGCUGAGGACACCAAGCAAAUCAUCCGUAAACAUGCCCAGACUUUUGUGGCUCUGUGCGCUACAGAUGUUAAGUUUAUUUCAAACCCACCUUCCAUGAUCGCAGCUGGGAGUGUGGUAGCAGCUGUGCAAGGCCUUCACCUGGGAAACACUAACACUUUCCUCUCCUAUCAAUAUCUCACACAUUUCCUAUCACAAGUUAUCAAAUGUGACCCGGAUUGUUUACGAGCUUGCCAAGAACAGAUUGAAUCCCUCCUUGAAUCCAGUCUACGCCAGGCACAGCAACACAACAUAUCUUCAGAAACAAAGACUGUUGAGGAUGAAGCAGACCUUUCCUGCACACCCACCGAUGUGCGAGACGUGAACAUUUAAGAGGACUUCUACAAAUCGGUUUGUUUGGCAAUGCGAGCAGACAAAGAAAGGGCAUCUGAGAAGGAAUCAGCAUCAGGAUCUCUCCCCCAGAAACCCUUUUCUCCAGGACAUUUUUAUACCAGAAGGGAAAGCUUCACUCUUGUUAUUUUUUUCCUUGCUCUUUCUCCCUUCCAUCUGUGACUUCAAACAAACAAAAAAUACCCCAAAACUGUCUUAAAAAAAAAAAAAAAAGAAAAAUAAUAUUUGCAUGACCCCAAGGGGUUUGUGCUACAAAAAAUAGAGGAUUUUAUACAAUAAUAAUCAACUAGUUUUAUGUUAAAGUGUUCUUGUCUGUAUGUUGUAAAAAUAGACAUUAACACACAAAAUGUCUCCAGGGGAGGUAUUAGAUUUGAUUUCUUACAUAUAAAACAAACAAAACCAACCAACGAACCAUUUUUAAAGUAGAAGAGGGUUUUUUUUAAUAGAAAAUGACAUAUUCUUUUUGUUUUUUCCUAUAAAAAGCAUAGCUUUAACGCAGUUCUAGGCUUUUCUGUAUCUUGCUUGCUUAUGCAUUUAGUCACUUUAUAAUUCAUCUGUAAAUGUUUAUUUUCUUAGGUUUUUAUCCUCUUCACCUUAUAAAUGGUUAACGUAACCCAUAAGUUAGUGUAUUUUAGUAUACCGCAUUAUUAUAUGUUAAUCUUUUGUACCUGUGGAUUGCCUGUGCAUAAGGCUUUUGUAGGGUUCCAGCUUAGCAUUGUCGGGGAAGGGCCAAUGUACUACUCAUACGAUACUCUAUUAUAAAGAGAAACCGAAAUAUUGACAUAAUAUAUUAUAUUUUUGUAAUCUUCAUAUUUUUGUAGUUACCUGUGUAUAAAAUGCUGGUCUGACCCAACAGAUAUUCAGCCUCAUUAUGGUCAGGUUCAAUCCACAGCCUAGUCUUUUUUUUUUUAAAAUAUUCUAAAACCAUUCCAUUCAAAGCACUUUCAGUCCAUUAGAUAUAGGAAAUACGUUCUUUUAUUGUGGGAAUAUUUUUUUAAAUGGAAUGGUUUGGAAAUAUAUAAGUGCUUGUGCGCAAACUUUGAAUUGCAAAGCAAGUGCAUUUAACUAUGGUGUUAGAGGAAAGGUGAUUUUUUUUCAAAGGUUGUGUUUCAGUGAGAGAAAUUGCAUUCACAAAUUGCCAGGAUAUCUUCCUAUCCUUUUCUAUAGAAAAGUUGAAGUUUAGAAAUCCUUUGAUGCCAACUCAUGUUUGUAAAUUAGGGGCCUUAAAGGUUCACGUAUAGGACACAUAGUUUAAGGAUUGUCUCUAGAUGUUUUACAACUGAAGGUUUUUAAACACUAAAAUAUAUAAUUUAUAGUUAAGGCAAAAAGAAUAUUUAUUGCAGAGGAUGUUCAUAAGGCCAGUAUGAUUUGUAAAAUAACGCAAUCGCCCCUUGAUUUAAAAAAAUAAUCUUUCUAUCCUUGAUGUUGCAGUUUUAACACAGCUUAUUAAAGAAAAAAAAAGACACUCUUUUCAAAAACAGUGUAUUUGGCCCCUUCUUAGACAUUUCCAAAAACUAUCUAACCAUGAGAAACGCCAUAGUUAAAAAAGAAUAGAUUUGGUGUACUUGAAAGGAGUUCUUAUUCCAAUAUAUCCCCCCGUUGUUUUUUUUUUAUUUAGCUACAAAUAGAAAAUUUGCACAUCUUGGCUAUGUAUCUUUUUAUUAUUAUUUUAGAAAGUAGCUGAAGGGACGUGGACAUAGCUGUUGAAGUUGAUGCUCGAGGAGAAUGUGAUGGUGAAAUGUAUGUGAGAAAACUGCCGCUAAGGUGUUGAUUGUAAAAAAAAAUUUAAAAAAGAAAAGAAAGGAAAAAAAGAAAAAAAAGGAGUGGAUGCUCCAUUUUUAUUGAGCUGCUAUGGAUAAAUUCCCAGCAUGGUUUGAAAAAAAAUUAACAUUGCUUUCUGUAUCUUUGUCAUUGUGUUUUGCUGCUAUUUUAUGGAUCAGUUUUUUUUGUUUUUGUUUUUUGUUGUUAUACAAUGUCAUAUACUGCCAUGUUAUAGGUUUUAAUUUUCUCAUAGAAAAUUAUAUUAUUGACAUCAUUUUUUGUAGAUUUUUUAUGUGAUCAAUUUUUACUUAAUGUGAUUAUUACUGCUCUAUUCCAAAAAGGUUCCUGUUUCACAAUACCUCAUACUUCAGUUAACCAUGUUUAGACCAGGUUUUAAUGUUCGUUCACAGUGCCUCAUAGUUCUACUGCAAACUGAAAUGCAUUGAACAUUAUUCUGAAUGGGUCUCGCGAUUCGCAACUAGGUUGCAUUAAUUUAAAAACGACAGACAUUUCAGAAGAUCAAGUAAUGUCAGUCUUUUGUUAUGCGUCUUAUAAAGCUGGAUUCUUUGUCUGAUCUGGGGUUUAUUAUCAUAGUAGUUUUAAGAUGUGUUAUUAGCCACAUUGAUAUAUGAAAGGUGCAUUAUAAUAUAACUCUUAUAUGCCACUUGGUGUUGUUUCCCAUCAGCUGGGACUCAUCAUUUGGUGUGAUAGGUUAUCUUCUGGAACUCUAAGUAUUUUGUGUGUUUAAUCUGUUAUAAUAUACUAGGGGUUUUUGUUUUGUUUUUUUUUGUUAAUUAUAGCAUAAUGCUAAUUUAAAAAAGCCUGUAAAUCUCAUAAAUAAGCCAGCUAACAAAGUUGUAUGCUGAAGAAUAAUCUAGCUGUUGCCUGUAUGCUGCUAAACCAAAACAGAAUUAGAACUCAUUUUGAGGGCAAAUGCAGUUAAGAUCCUACAUAGUGUAUAAAUAAAGCAUUGCAAUGCUACUAGCAGUCGCAGGACCCAGGAGGACUGGAUACAUUCUGUCCAAAUUUCAGGAACAUUUCUUACUGCUUACCUCAUGAACACUUCUGUUUGUGGCAUCUCUGUGUCUCUGAACCAAACAUGAUUAUUGCAUUAGUGGUUGUUGGUUAUAUGUGUUACACUGAGUGGCAGUGCAUACUGCAAAUUUCUUUAAAUAUGUAUGUACUCGAAGGCCAAAUCCUGAUAAACAGGUUCAUGUGCCAACAGAGAUGCUUUAUUUGUCACAUUAUUAUAACAAUCUAUAGUAAGCAAGCAAUUCAGAUUUGUACAUUUUUUUAUAUUGUACUUAUUGGCAUCACUGGUCUGAAAUGCACAUUUUCACCAACAGACCUGUAACAGACAAGUUUCCAGCAAAAGAACUAAAGUCUAGAAAUAAAAUUUGUAAAACCCAA